AUGGACUUUGAUCCGUUAUCUUUCUUUACGCCUUCGCUGAGUGUUGAAGUGGAGAAUUUGUUAAACUCUACAGAAGAAGCGCAACAGCAAGAUGAGUUGGCAGAGAUAAGCAAGCACACAAAGAAUGAUGAUAGUAUGAAUAAUGAACAUGGUAAUGAACAUGAUAACGAACAUGAUAACAAACAUGACGACAUUGGUGAUCUGGACGAUUUAGAACCGCUUCAUAUCCUAGAUCUACCCUUACUACAAUUGAAGCCUCCUUUUGAAGUUUUGUCUGUGGUUUUAAGAUUAUUAUCGCCAGAUGAAGUAUUAAACUUUACGCAAAAGGAAUACCUGACCCAUGAGAUUGACGAGGAGUCCAUAUUCAAUGAAAAGGAUAUUCAACAUACAGAUCUCCGAUCUGCUCUCCCCUGGUUUCAAGUUUAUUGCCCUCGUUUAGACUCAACUUUAAAGUUGGCAUCCGUGACCCGACUUGCUCCUUCGCUUCGAGCCAAUUUUACUUCAGAAUAUAAUGCAUAUUUGACAAGAAUCAUCUCAACUGAACUCACUUGGAUCACUCUGCAAACACGACGCGAUGAAAUUCAUAGAUUGGCAAGCUUGAGAAUUAGUGAGAAUUGUGGAAGGAUGGCACAGCCUGAGAUUACAAGGAAGAUCAUGUUACCUGGGCUAGACAAAUAUCUCCCUGGCGAUGGAAACAAUAAUAAAUUUGUUUUUUUAAAAGAACCAUCAAUGACUAAUGAUAAUCUUGGUUUAAAAACAUGGGGAAGUUCUUUGGUUUUGAGCUCGCGCUUGUUACAAUAUGCCAAUGAUGGCGAACGAAAGUAUUUGAACGGACGUGUUUUGGAAUUGGGUUCUGGUACCGGUUUAGUGGGGAUAAUUAGUUGCAUCUUGGGGUUUGACACUACUUUGACUGAUUUACCUCAAAUUGUGCCCAAUUUGAAAAACAACAUUAAAGCGAAUGGACUUGGUUUACUGGAUGAUGAUGAUGAUGAUGAUGAUGAUGAUGGAAGUAAUGGUGUUGGUGUCUAUGGGCCAAAUAGCAGUUGUUUUGCAAAAUGCGAGGCGCUAGACUGGUCGCAACCGGAACUGUCUCCUGUAUACAAUAUGGCAAAAUUUGAUACAAUCAUCUUGAGCGAUCCAAUAUACUCGAGCCAGCACCCACAUUGGGUAGUCAACAUGAUCGAUAUGUUUUUGACUGAUGUCGGUGAAGACAGAUUAAACCCACCCUCUGUGCUCAUUGAAAUUCCUUUGCGACCGAAAUUCGAAUUGGAAAGACAUACAUUGUGGAAUUUGAUGGAUAAGCAUUAUGUAGAGAUUGAGUGUGAAAUUGAAGAUGGUUUUGACGAUUUUGGGGAAAUGAAAUUUUGUUUCAAGAAAUUUGAAAGGAGGCGUUAUGGAAAACAAUGA